GGAGGACAUGGAGGGCGAGGGGGGCCCGGGCCGGGCCGGGGCCGUGCGGGAGCUCUGCCGCUCCUUCGGCCACUACAACCGGCACCUGGCGCGGCUGCAGCACAACCUGCGCGAGACCAGGCGGUUCUUCCGCGACGUGCAGCUCUCCCAGGGACGCCCCUUCGCCCCGGAGGCCGCCGGCGACGCUCCCCGAGCAGGGGACGGGGAUGAGGGGCCCGGGGACGACCCCGCGCCCGGCGGGCAGAACUUCAUCUCCUUCCCCCGGCACGAGGAGGAGCAUCUGCAGCGCUCCGUGAGCUGGCACCCCUGCCUGCUGAUCCUGGGCCAGAACUGCAGUGCCAAGUGCCAGCUGCUCAACAUCCUGCUGGGGGAGAAGCUGCUCCCCACCACCAAGAUCAGCAACGAGGAGAGCUGCAAGAGGCGGCGCGUCCGCUUCACGCACGGCAGCCAGACCCGCGUGAGCCUGGCCCUGCCCCAGCAGUACGAGCUGGUGCACGUGCUGGCAGCUCACAGGGGCCACUGGGACACCAUCCCCGAGGAGGACCUGGAGAUCCAGGGGGACCCCGAGGACCCUGCCCACCGCAUCGCCGAGCUGGAGGUCACGCUGCCCUACUCGCUGCUCAAGGAGGUGGACGUGGUGGUGGCGCCGUGCCGGGGGUUCCAGCCGGCGGAGGACACCCUGGGGGAGUUUGUGAACCAGGUGCUGCCCGUGGUGACCUUCGCCAUCAGCGAGGCCCAGCUCUCCCCGUCGGACCAGGCCGAGCUGAGAACCAUCAAGGAGAAGUUCUCGCUGCCCAUCUUCUUCUUCCGCGUGCCCGAGGCCGGGGCCGAGCUGAUCUCCCCCCGGAAAGCGGACGGCGAGAAAUCCUCCCUGCACUGCCAGCUGCUGGACCUGCAGUACCUGAGCUCCAACCACUGCAGCUGCGGGGAGGCCCAGAGCAUGCUGGUGGAGCAGCUGGAGAAGCUGAGGCUGCUGAGCACCUUCUCCAGGCAGGUGCUGCAGAAGCACCUGGUGGAGGCGGCCACGAGCCUGAACGAGCUGCACUGCCGCUGCCUCAACAUCUUCAUCAACCAGGCCUUCGACAUGCAGAGGGACCUGCAGAUCACCCCCAAGAGGCUGGAGUACACCCGCAGGAAGGAGAACGAGCUCUACGAGUCCCUCAUGGGCAUCGCCAACCGCAAGCAGGAGGAGAUGAAGGACAUGAUCGUGGAGACGCUGGGCAACAUGAAGGAGGAGCUGCUGGAGGACGCUGCCAGCAUGGAGUUCAAAGAUAUCAUCAUCCCUGAGAACGGGGAGCCCGUCAGCUCCAAGGACAUCAAGUGCUGCAUUAAGCAGAUCCAGGAACUGAUUAUUUCCCGGUUAAACCAAGCAGUUGCCAACAAGUUGAUCAGCUCAGUGGACUAUCUGAGGGAGAGCUUUGUGGGGACUCUGGAGAGGUGCCUCAAGAGCCUGGAGGAGUCCUGGGAGGUGUCAGUGCAUCCCGUGAGGAGCUUGGAGAAGCCCAAGGACGGCUCUGUGCACAUCACAAGCAAUUAUCUCAAACAGAUCCUAAAUGCAGCUUAUCAUGUGGAAGUCACCUUCCACUCUGGCUCAACAGUGACCAGGAUGCUGUGGGAACAGAUCAAACAGAUAAUCCAGCGGAUCACGUGGGUCAGCCCCCCUGCUAUCACCAGCGACUGGAAGAGGAAGGUGGCCCAGGAUGCCAUCGAGAGCCUCAGCGCUUCCAAGCUGGCCAAGAGCAUCUGCAGCCAGUUCAGGACCAGGCUCAACAGCUCCCACGAGGCCUUUGCAGCUUCUCUGCGGCAGCUGGAGGAUGGCCACUCUGGCAGGCUGGAGAGGACGGAGGACCUGUGGCUGAAGGUGCGGAAGGACCACGCUCCCCGGCUGGCCCGGCUGUCCCUGGAGAGCAGAUCCCUGCAGGAUGUGCUGCUGCACGGCAAACCCAAGCUGGGCCGGGAGCUGGGCCGAGGGCAGUACGGAGUGGUGUACCUGUGUGACAGCUGGGGGGGGCACUUCCCCUGCGCCCUCAAAUCUGUUGUUCCCCCAGAUGAGAAGCACUGGAACGACCUUGCACUUGAGUUUCACUAUAUGAGGUCCCUGCAGACACAUGAGAGGCUCGUGCACCUCCAUGGAUCCGUGAUAGAUUAUGGCUAUGGAGGAGGCUCCAGCAUCGCUGUGCUGCUGAUCAUGGAGCGGCUGCACAGGGACCUCUACACGGGGCUAAAGGCCGGGCUGGAACUGGAGACACGGUUGCAGAUUGCCUUGGAUGUGGUGGAAGGGAUCCGGUACCUGCACAGCCAGGGGCUGGUGCACAGGGACAUCAAGCUGAAAAAUGUCUUGCUGGACAAAAAGAAUCGAGCCAAAAUCACUGACCUGGGGUUCUGCAAACCAGAGGCCAUGAUGUCUGGCAGCAUUGUGGGCACACCCAUUCACAUGGCUCCUGAGCUCUUCACAGGGAAGUACGAUAACUCAGUGGAUGUUUACGCCUUUGGGAUUCUCUUCUGGUACAUCUGCUCGGGCCACGUGAAGUUACCAGAGGCUUUUGAGAGAUGUGCAAGCAAAGAUCACCUGUGGAACAACGUCAGGAGAGGAGUGCGGCCGGAGCGUCUCCCGGUGUUCGACGAGGAAUGCUGGCAGCUGAUGGAAGCCUGCUGGGAUGGGGACUCCUCCCAGCGCCCUCUCCUGGGGAUUGUCCAGCCGAUGCUGCAGGGGAUCAUGGACAGGCUCUGCAAGUCCAGCUCCGAGCACCCAAAUAAAGGCUUGGAUGACUCGACUUGAGGAGGAGGCACGGAAAGAUUUUGGAA